GUUUUACCAUGGCGUUAGUUCGUUUGGCGCUCAGGAAUUUGCAGCAGAAACCGUCUCCUGUUUGUUUGCAGACUCGCAUCAAUAGUUUGGGGAAUCAGGUAUGGCGAUUCUCGUCGGCGGCGGAGGAGAAGCCUGCGGACGCCGCCGGCGAGGUGGCGGUGGCUGACGGCGGUAAGAAAUCGAAGCUCGCCUCGAGGAGGAGAGGCAGGCGAAGCCUCUGGCGGAACAAUAAUCGAGAAAUCGUACCUGCACUUUGGGAAUUCUUCCCCUCCGGACUCGGAAACGCUCUGAUCCAAGCGACGGAGAAUCUAAACCGAGUGAUGCAGAAUUUCUCGUCGCGAUUUCUGGGCGGUCAGGCGAAGGAGGACGACGACUGCUACAAGCUCCGGUACCAAGUGCCAGGGCUGGGAAAGGAGGACGUGAAGAUAACGGUGGAGGAUGGAGUUCUGUGCAUACGAGGAGAGCACAAAGAGGAGGAGGAAGCGUCGGACGACGAGCACUGGGCGGCGGCGAGCAGCUACGGGUACUACAACGCCAGCGUAGUGCUGCCGGAAGAUGCCAAGGCGGAGGAGAUCACGGCGGAGAUUAAGGACGGCGUGCUGAGCAUUGUUAUACCCAAGAGUCAAUCUGCGAAGAAGGAUGUAAAGGAAAUCCGAGUCCACUGAGUCGACUCGUUCUGAACUCGUUUCCGCCAUUUGUGUUCCCUUGUUGAUUUCUUCAGUUGCAGAGUAUGUGCGUAUGAAUAAUGUAUAUCCGUACGACCGUUCGUAACAGUAUAUGUACUUUUAAUUGGGCCUGGU